CGAGAUGCCCCUCUCCUCCGCAACCCUAACCCUACUCUGCUCUGCCUUCGUCCUCCUCCGCUCCUUUGCCUUUCCCCCGCCCUCCUCAUCUUCCUUCGUCUUCAUUCCUCUCGUGACUCUCGCCACGCCCUUCCUUCCCCAUGCCUGCAAUCUAACGCAUCACUGCCAUCUCCACCACCACGCCACUUGCACUGGAACCCGCCCCUUCCCUCGCCUUCCGUUUCUCUGCCUGCCUGCCUCCCUCCCUCCCAGUCAUGGAAUAGAUCCCCAGGCUGCCUUUCUCAUAGCAGAAGCCUUGUUCUUUGCGUGGUGGAUGUGUGGCAUAUACGCAGGCUUAUUUCGGCAAGAGUUACAAAGGAGAUACCACCUCCAGAACUGUCCAUGCGAACCGUGUACCGUCCAUUGCUGUUUGCACUGGUAUGCACUAUGUCAGGAUGCAGGCACGUUUAUCGGACAACGUGGUGAUGCCCAUGACUGUUAUCAAUCCUCCGCCUUAGCAACAGAUUAAUUUUGAAGAAUCCGCAACAGCAAGCGACUCGAAGCCUGCCCAGAUACAAGAUACAGGCUUCAUAACGAUCUAUAUUCUGAGCUGGUGAUAUUGAAUCUUAAUCCUUUAUGAGGUAGGAGCUCAGUUCAACAAGAAUUGCUUAUCGUGCUUGAUAUCCAAUUCAAUUGGUGCACCUUCCUCCCCAUAUUGAUCGAAACAACUAUGUAGUUUGUUUGGAAUAAUAGGAGAAAAUCAACUUAGGUGACGGUUAAACCAUUUACAUCCUGAAAUUUCAAGCCUUACAGGCCUCAUAAUUCAUUGGGUUGAAAAAUAGUGUUUGAAUGGUUUUCUAAUUACCUCAAUCCCUUGUGCAUUCUCUUCAAGUACCCUUUAUAAGUUGGGUUAAAUGACAACAAGCAACUAGUAAGCAACUAGUAAGAAACGCAUCAUUUGCAUUUGGAAUGGGUGGUGAGAAGGUGAAAUUGGAUCUGAUUUUCAUUAAUUCAUCAUGGAAUAUCUUUUGGAAUUAUUCAAGCAUCAUAUAAUCAUGAUUUGGAGCUUUUUAUAUGGUUUUUUCAUGUCAAGAUUUUCAAGCACCAUAGAAAAACAUGACAAAAUAUCAAGUAUGCAAGGUAUUUUUGGAGAUACUUGGGAAGGAUCUGAAGUUUAUAUUGGAGCAUUUGAGGUUUUAUUAAACAAAAAUAACUUAUUGAAUAAAAACCAAUGUGCACAUUUGUGUAAGAAAAUUGGACAUGUUACUAAGGUUUUUGACCACCUAAUGACUUGCACCAAUGGUGGAUUGGAGUUUAGGCUUUUAAUGAGUGAGUUGUUUUUUAUACUAACUAAAUCUUAUUUUUUAGUUGAAAAUUGUGGGAAACCAAAUUGGUGUAAAGAAGCUAUCCUUCAAUUAAAUAACAAAGAGACUUUUAGAGAAUUACUUUUGGAUUUGAAAUGUUGUUGUGAUAUAGCAAGUGAUAUACUUUUAAAGAAUUAUUCUAAAAAACUUGAAGACAUCUCAUUUGCUACUUUUAAUGUUGCAACAUAUGAAGAAGUAGAAGGUGAUGUUAAAGUUGUACAUGAGAGGUUGAUUCAUGCAAAUGGAAUAGAUGAUUUUGAAUAUUGUGGACUAGCAAAGCAUCUAUUAAAGAGAUUAGAAGAUUUACUUUAUAUAGAUGAUGAGGAAUUGGAUGAUUUAAAUCUAUCAUCUAACAUAGAGAGUCUUCAAUUCAUAAAUAGAAUAAGUGAAGGAAGUUUUGGAGCGGUUUAUGAAUCAAAGUGGUUGGGAGUUUUAUGUGCAAUCAAAAAGAUGGAUGUUGCAUUUAACAAGUUUUUUAAAAGAGAAGUGACCAUUUUAGCCAAUUUAUGCCACCCCAACUUGAUAACAUAUUAUUUUGCAAUGAAAGGUCAUGCAAAUGAAAGUGGUGAAUCUUUUGAGUUAGUAGUUAAAAAAGACUAUUUGUAUAUUGGCAUGGAAUUGAUGCAAACAAAUUUAAAUGACAUGUUGGAAAAUACAAAGCAAACAUCUUAUGUUUUUCUUAUUGAUAUUAUAUAUCAAAUUGCAAAAGGGAUGUGUUACUUGCAUGACAUGCACAUUGCACAUCGUGAUUUAAAACCUCAAAACAUUUUGGUUAAUGUCAUAGAGAUAAAAGUUAUGAAUAAGGUUAUUCAACAUGCUAUUGUGAAAGUGAUAGAUUUUGGAAUAUCUAAGAUUGAAGUUGGAAGUAAUCCAGAAACCACAAAGAAUGAAGUACCUUAUGGUACUGUUGCAUAUAUGGCCCCUGAGGUAUUGAAAAGCAAGUUUGAAACAACAACAAUGUGUCCUUUUGAAGCAGAUGUUUAUUCAUUUGCAAUAGUAUGCUCUAAGAUUCUUUCAAAAAGAGACCCAUUUGAUGGUGUUUAUAAGAUGGAAGCAAUAUUAGAAAGAAUUGAAAAAGGUGAAAGACCAAAGUUACCUUCAAAUUGUAAUGAGUUGAUUGAGCUUAUCCAAGAGUGUUGGAUGUUGAAUCCUUUGCAUCGGCCAAAGUUUGCAAAUAUUUGUAAAAGAUUGGACUUAAUAAAGAAAAAGUUUUUAGUUGGAAUUGAAGUGGCAAAUGCACCAUAUUUUGGAGAAUCAAAUAAGAAUUGUCAUCAAAGCAAAAGAUUUCAGCUAAUACAUAAUGGAUUGCCAUUGGUUGAAUCAUCUGGAGAGGAAAUAUUUGGUAGAGCACAAUAUUUAUCCCAAAUUAGAAAACUAUGUGCAAAUAAAGUGAAGGUAUUGUAUCUUGUCGGAAUGGGUGGAAUAGGCAAGACCACAAUAGCAAAGACUACAUUGAUUAAUGUAAAAAACAUGUAUAAUGCCUCAUGCUUUGUUGAGUGCAUUGAAAGUGGAGGUGAUUGCUAUACAACUUCUUGCAAUAUCUUAGAACAAUUUCAAGUCAAAGAAAAACCAAAAGAUGUAAAAGAAGCUCAUAAAAUAUUAAAAUCAUUUUUAACUAAGAACAAAAUAAUUUUGGUGUUUGACAAUAUAAAGAAUCAAAGUCAAAUUGAAGAUGUUGUGCCUAUGGAUGACAUAUUUGCUAGCAUUGGUAGCACAUUGAUUGCAACAACUCGAGAUUCAAAUGUAAUGAAGGAUUGUGGCAAAGAGAUUCAUAAAAUAAAUAUUGAAGAACUUGAUGAAGAAACAAGUAUGAAGAUGUUUAUUACUCAUUCAUGUGGCCAAGAAAGUCUACCUAUUGAACUCAUUGAGGUUGGCAAAAGAAUUGUAAGAGCUUGUAAUGGCCUACCAUUGAGUCUAAAAGUUAUGGGAGCAUUUUUAAGAGAGAAGAAAAGGUUGAGAUGUUGGGAGCGAGCUUUACAAAAGUUGAAAAGGGGAAGAAAGUUGGAUGGAGAUGAAAACAAUAGUAACUACAAGAUUUGGAAGAUAUUAAGAUUGGAGGGAUUAUUUUACAACAACAUAAUUAACAAUAAUAUUGGCAAAAUAAGAAGUGCUUCUUUUUCAUCACUUCAAUUUUUAAGUUGUAAUAUUGGUGUCUUUGCACCUAAAAUUGUGAUAAAGAUAUUAACCAUAUUUUUUGUGUUGGUAAAGAAUUCUCUUAAUUUGAGAUGUUUUCUACUUAACAUACCAUUGGAAUAUAAAUUUAAAAAAGAAGAAGCACAUAAAGCAUUGCAAAUGCUACAUGACAAAGAUGUUUGGAAAAAAUUUGGGAGUUUAAAUGUGUUGCAAUUGAGAAAUUGUUCUUUUAUAGAAACACUUCCAAAUUUAUUUUAUAAAAUUACCACAUUAUUAGAACUUGACUUAGGAGAAUGCUCAAACUUAACUAUGCUACCAAAUGAAUUGGAGUAUAUGACUUCUUUAAAGAUACUUAACUUACAAUAUUGUGAAAGGUUAAAAUUAUUACCAACAUCAAUAGGAAGUCUUAUUUCUUUAAAAGAUCUUAAUAUUGAAAAUUGCCAAAGCUUGACAUCAUUGCCAAAUGAAUUGGGCAACCUCACAUCUUUGACUUCCUUAAAUAUGAAGGGGUGCUCAAGCCUGACAUCAUUGCCAAAUGAAUUGGGCAACCUCACAUCUUUGACUACCUUAAAUAUUAGUUGGUGCUUAAGCUUGACAUCAUUACCAAAUGAAUUGGGGAACCACUCAUCUUUGACUACCUUAAAUUUGGAGAGCCUUCUUGCUCUCAUGUCCCUUCUGCUCAUCACCGUCAUUGGAACUCCUGACGGUAGCUUAGGUCACCAGCAUCAGCACCACUUCCACAACUAG